AUGGUUUCAAUUGAGGAAGACUUCGAAGAAGGCCAAUGGCCGUUUGGUGGUGAUGGCGAUUUCGACGAGGUGCCUGUUCCAGUUGGUGCUUCUUGCGUCAAGAUUAGCGAAAUCCUAGCGUCAGCAGAUGAAAAGGCUGGUGAAUACUCCUUUGGAGGUAUUGCAGACAGUUUGCCCUCCGCGCCCGGCUUGUUUAUCGAUGACGUGGGGGCGAUAUCACUUCCGCUCGUUCCGGAACAAGCUGAAAAACUGAUCUCAAAAUGCGAGAAGUCCCCCUUUGGUCACAAUAUGGAGACGAAGACGGAUGAGAACGUGCGAAAGAGCUGGCAACUGGCACCUCGAAAAGUGAAGCUCAAAAAUUCACAAUGGACUUCCGGUAUCAAGGAGCUAACAGCUACUAUUUCUCAACGCCUAGGCUACGAGAACGUCCAGCUCGAUUGUGUACUGUACAAAUUGCUGGUCUACGGAGAAGGAGGACACUUCGUUAAACAUCAAAAUACGGAAAAAGAAGACGGAAUGAUAGCGACAUUGGUGGUUCAACCACCAAGCACACAUGACGGGGGCGAUCUCGUAGUGUUUCGAGGCGGAAAAGAGAGGUAUCGCCACGAUUUUGGCAAAAUCGAUGGCACGGCCCCGUAUUUUACACACUACGCUGUCCACUAUGCGGAUGCAGAGCAUGCAUUGGAAGAGGUGACAAAAGGGUAUCGCCUGGUUAUGGUCUACUCAAUUUGUCUACCAAAGACAAUGCGUCAUCUUAAAAAAGACUCCAACAUGCCUAUGAGUGAUGAUCUGGCAGAUGCGAUUAGUGAAAUGGAAUUGAACCACGAAUCGUUCGCGUUGAGGCUAUCCCAUGAAUACACCAAGAAAAGCAUUAAAAAGAUGGGGUCAGGUGCACUGAAAGGCGUUGAUAGUGCGAGGUUCCAAGCAUUGGAGGAAGCAAACGCUGUCGUACCCGCUGAUAAGAAGAUGCGAAUCUUCAUUGCAAAACUCUCGCACAAGAUUAUCUCGAUUCUAGGUCUCGCUUUGGUCGGUGGCUGGCAAGAAGUGGAACGCUCUCAAACAAUUCACUGGUAUUCUGUGAGCGGUAAAGAUCUAGGAAGCAGUAAGGACAAGGACUUGACGACAUCGGCGACGAACCUGAACUUUCUAAAUCCUGGUCAAGAUACAUACACUCAGUUGUGGGAGGCGUAUGGAACUAGCAAGGAGGAGCCGUACACCGGUAACGAAGGUCCGACACGUAAUACUAAGUAUUCAAGAUACGCAAUUGUGGCGUGGCCAGCCUCUCAGCACACUGCAAAUGCCUUGAAGCAUAUGUCUUUGGAACUUGGCGUGGAAGCCCUGAUGGAGAAACGCCCAGCUGACAAAGCGACUCUACGCAAUGUUCUUCAGAUUGCUGAUUCCCGGCUCAAUUGUGAAAACUGGAGUGGUUCUAAAGCGUCAGUGAGAUUCUGUCGCUCUUUUUGCGAGCUUUUGUUAGAUAUUGACGAUGUGGAACUGGUAAAGUUGUUCUUCUCCAAAUUUUGCCCUCGCCUUGGCGAGUUGUACGAGAACACUACGCUGAUUCCGGUGCUUACAAAGAUAGUGAGCACUUUUGGCUGGGGUGAAAUUGGAGAUACGCUGUUGGCUAUUCUGGGCAAUGUAACAAGUGUGUAUCAGGAAGAUAAUUUCGGUGUUACUCAUUUGGAAAUGACUCUGCAGGUACUGGAUGGUUUGGAAGAAGGACCUGGAAAGCAGGCACUGUUAAAAUUGGCUGUUGAUUUAGCAGUGAAAAUCGAUCAAGGGGAGUCAGAUAUGAAUUGUACGGAACUGGAUUUGAAUUCGCCCAGUGUUAUCGACAUUCUCUGGAAAAAUAUUAUUCAAUCUACGGCGAUAGAACCUUUCGAAACUAUGGCAAACCACCUCAUGUCAAAAGAUCCAAGUGAGCUGGGUCAAGCAAUUCAAGCAUUUUCACAAUAUGUCGGUGAGCUUGAUGAAACGAGCGAUAAGUUUGUGGCACUUGCGUCUAUUGGAGCGAAAAGGGCGAAGUGGUUGAAGAGGGAGAUUCGGUUGCUGGAUAAACCUUUUUCGUUUGAGAUGCCAGAUGCAAAUUUCCCAGAUAAUAAGACGAUUGAGGACUUUUUGCGUGGUCCCGGUACCAGUAUGAAGACCGAGGGUCUGAUAGCUUUUAGCGGUCUGCCCGAUGCACGUAAGUAUGCAGCUAGGUGUGUACGUAAAAAACAAGAUGACGCCACGUUUACAAUGAAACCUGCCGGGAAAGGGAAGAAGGCAUUCGUGACGAUCACAAAAACUCGGAAGUGGUUUAACAGAUGCCAAGACAAGCUAGUGCAAUACAGGGCUGAGCUGGAUGACCUUGAAAAGCUCUACGACCAUACCGCUACAGGCAGUCAGAAGAAAAAAUGCCGUCGUGAAUAA